CCACAGCUGCUGUCCAAUGCAUCUCGCCCCCGCCUCCAGGUACCGUGGACCUGUCUGAAAACUGGAACGUUCAGUGGAGCCAUGUCAAGUAUGAUCCGCCUAAUACAUUUGGUGUAUGUUCUUCAGGGCAGUAAGCUGACGGCCAUCACCAGCACCGACCCUUCCCAACUUUGUGUCUAUCUCUCCAACUUCCAGCUGGCUCAGAAUCCCCACACAAUCCGCGUCGCCGGUCCAGUGAAUACUAACAAUGGCGGAACAACUGUUUCUGGAUCCUGCAACUUGGGGGUCGUAGACAGGUGAGUAACUGUUUUCCCUACGUACUAGAACAGCACUAACUCAUCCGCAUUUUUAGUCCGUACAGGGUCCGACUUUCCCAAUGUGGAAGUCCAGAUACGAUCUACUCCGAGUGCAACCAGAUGGAAGUCUCGCAAGACUCCU